AUGGAGCUGGGGAACCACAGCAGCGUCUCAGAGUUCAUCCUCCUGGGUCUGUCCAGCCAGCCCGAGAGGCAGGAGCUGAUCUUUGGGAUCUUCCUAGCCAUGUAUCUUGUGGGGGCGGCAGGGAACCUGCUCAUCAUCCUGGCCAUCGGCUCUGACGCCCACCUGCACACGCUUAUGUACCUCUUCCUCAGCCAGCUCUCGCUGGUGGACUUCUGCUUCCUCUCGGCCACCGUGCCCAAGAUGCUGGUCAACAUCCACACACACACGCAGUCCAUCUCCCGCAGCGGCUGCCUGAACCAGAUGUACUUCUGCGUGCUGCUGGCCAUCAUGGACAACUUCCUCCUGACAGCCAUGGCCUAUGACCGCUACGUGGCCAUUUGCCACCCGCUGCACUAUGGCACCAUGAUGCGUGGCCGGGUGUGUGCCUUGCUGCUGGGCAGCUGCUGGCUGCUGGCCAACGCGCAUUCCCUGCUGCACACACUGCUCAUGGCCCGCCUGGACUUCUGCGCCAGCAACGUCAUCCCCUACUUCUACUGCGACCUUGUGGCCCUGCUCCAGAUCUCCUGCUCCGACACGCGGCUCAACCAGCUCAUGAUCCUGCUGGUGGGCGGCCUCAUCGUGCUCCUCCCCUUCCUGGGCAUCCUGGUCUCCUACAUCCACAUCGUGGCCGCCGUGCUCAAGGUCCCGUCCGCCCAGGGCAAGCGCAAGGCCUUCUCCACCUGCAGCUCCCACCUCACCGUCGUUGUCCUAUUCUACAGCACCAUCACAGGCGUCUACCUGAGCCCCUCGUCCUCCCACUCCGUGGACACAGACUCGCUGACCUCGGUGAUGUACAUGGUGGUCACCCCCAUGCUGAACCCCUUCAUCUACUGCCUGAGGAAUAAGGACAUGAAGGGGGCGCUGAAGAAACUGUUCAGCCUGAAAAUGUUCUCUGGGCUGUGA